ACCAUUUUGCGAGGCUCUGGAGUCUUCGAUUCUUGUCGCUAGGGUUUGGAGCCAGCGCGGCGGCGCUCGCGCCCGCUGCGGCAUCGCGGAGCGCCAGGCGAAAUUCAAUGCAGUGCCUCCGUCGAGCUGGAGAGAGGUUUGAAAUCUCGCUGUACGCUUCUCUUCUCCAAUUCUUUCCUCAUCCUAGCGUUCUUCUCCAUCCCGGCACGCCUGAUUCUCUCUUCUCUCGUAUUCUCGAAUGAUAUUUCCCGAGAUCUAACUGUUGUUGCUUCGUGAGAGAAGGGAGCGAGAUAGAUCUUCUUCGUCCUAAUACAUGAGCUCCAAUGAAGCCACCGAGAUGGAGAUUGAGGAGGAGCAGGGCGAGGAAUGGAUUAAGGUACUGGGAUCAGACCAACUCCUCAUCGUUCUCCACUUCUUACCAGUCUCUGGGAUCGUAGCCUUCGGAUUGACAUGCCAUCGCUUCUACGAUCUCGUCAGCUCGGACAGCCUCUGGGCCAGGAUCUGCCGCCGCGAGUGGGGCGAGGCGGUGGUGGAUGCGUGGCCCAAUUCCAGGCUCCGCAAGCGCAGCUGGAAGCAACUCUACGCCGAGAUGCUCUUUUGCGGCGCUGUUGCGUGGCAUCACUUGGAGCAGCCGGACCCGCUACCGCUUGGCCGCGCGUCCCACUCCAUGAUCAACGCUGGUGGCAAAGUUUUCGUCUUUGGAGGAGGAUGCGAAGGAGGGAGAGCUCUAGGCGACACAUGGAUCGCGCCACUUCCCAGCAACACCCUGCUCACCGGCAUCCACUGGCAGCUCCCACGCAUCCAAAACCCGCCGGCUCGAUUCGGGCACAGCUGCGUCUACCUCGAGGACGUUGGCCUCCUCGUCCUCUUCGGCGGCAUCAGCGACACCGGCACCCGCUACCUCGACACAUGGAUCAAUGACACCACCGCCGCCGCCGCCGCCGCCGCCGCCGCUAGCUCCUGGCACCUCCUCCCCGUCUCGCACUCGCCGCUGGCCCGGGGAGCUCACGCAUGCUGCUACGCCGGCGAUAAGAAGGUGGUGGUCUUCGGCGGCAUCCGUAACGACGGGGCGAGGCUCCACGAUACAUGGGUGCUGGAUCUAUCCCAAGAGCCGCCCUCUUGGCGGGAGGUGGCGACGCAAGCUUCCCCCUGCGCGAGGUCGGGUCACACUCUCACGAGGAUCGCCACCAACCAGAUGGUCCUCUUUGGCGGCCGGGGCGCUCACUUCGAGGUCCUCAACGACGUCUGGCUGCUCAACCUCCAAGACCAGCGUCCAACUUGGACGGAGCUCUCACGGACCAUAACCGACGAGGCGCCGUCUCCCCGGGCCGGUCACUCGGCCUCGAUCAUCUUCGGCAACAGGAUCCUGAUCUUCGGCGGCGAGGACGCGCGGCGGACGAAGAAACGCGAUGUGUGGGUGCUGGAUCCCGAGGCAGUAGCAGCAGCAGCGCCAUCCUCCUCGUCGCCAACUUGCUCGGAGAAGAACUACGGGCGGAAGUUUUGGAAGAAGCUGCGAGUACGUGGCCAAUUCCCGAGCCGGACGUCGUUCCACGGUGCCUGUAGCCUGGGGACGGGCCACGCCGUCCUCGUCUUUGGUGGCAUGGUAGAUGAUCCGAGCUCGUCUGGCAUAGUUUUUAACUCGGGCCUCUUUCUUCUCCAGCUCAUUCCUUGAGUGUAAGUCCCGGUUGGCUCUCGUUUUGUGCAUGUAGAUUUGAGUUCCUCUAUCAUGUAGAUUUGUUGUUUGUUCUUCUUCUUUAUAUGCAUUGCUUGAUCAGUGCUAUCUCGGGCCAUUCGUCUUGUUUGUUGUUUGCUGCUGCUAACCUUUCAAUUUCGCAGUUGGUGUUGAGAGAGUUCCUUCGCUUCCAUUCUUUACUGAUCCUCCUCUCUGGCAAUGAAAGCGAAGUCGCACUUGUUGUAUGCCA